UGAAUGUGCAUUUAUGUUGUUUAUUUAGGAAUAUUUUUUGUUGAUAAAUUUUAUUUGUAGAUACUAUCUUGAUAUGAUAAAAUAUCAAAUUUAAGUGUUGUGUAAUAAUAUAAGUUGUAUAUUAUGUGCAUUUAAAUGUUCGUCGUGCUUCUAAGUGCGCAGUAGAUAAAUUGUUUAGUGAUUUUAAACUUAAUAAUACACGCCGGAGUUGUUUAGAAAUAGAAAUGGCUCCUACUUCUGACCGAGAAAAAUUCUUUUUUGCUAUCGACCGCGGUGGUACUUUCACGGACGUCCUGGCCCAUUGUCCUGGAGGCCGAGUUCGUACUAUGAAAUUACUAUCAGAAGAUCCUAGAUAUCCUGAUGCACCACGUGAAGGAAUAAGACGAAUUCUACAAGAGGAAACUGGUAAGGCCAUCGACGAAAAUGGCUUAAUAGACACCUCUCUAAUUGGCGGCAUUCGAAUGGGAACCACAGUUGCAACGAACGCUCUAUUAGAAAGAACAGGCGAACCAUUUGUUCUGAUUGUGAACAAAGGUUUCAAAGACAUUUUGCAUAUUGGAAAUCAAGCACGCCCUGCAAUCUUCGAACUUGAUAUCAAGACUCCUAGUUCUCUAUAUAAAGAAGUCGUAGAAGUCUCGGGGCGACUUGUACCUUCUCAACCGGGCCAAUGCUUGAUUACAAAUGGAUUAAAGGAAAUUUGCGGAACUGCUGGUAACGCUUUAGUUGAAUUAGAACCGUUGGAUUUAGAUUCAUUACGUAAAGAUUUAAAAAAUACAUUGAAGAAUGGAAUAAAAUCGGCAGCGGUUGUACUUGCACAUAGUUAUAGCUGCCCUGAUCAUGAAUUAGCGGUUGGAAAGUUAUUGACCGAAAUGGGUUUUGAACAUGUGACUUUAUCGCACCGUGCAAUGCCCAUGUGUCGCCUAGUUUCCCGAGGUUUUACAGCAUGUGCAGAAGCAUACUUGACACCCCAUGUGGAACGCUAUUUACGAGGUUUCCGAUCAGGAUUCCGUGACCAGCUGCAAGGAGUCCGCGUUUUGUUCAUGCAGAGCGACGGCGGCCUGACACAUGCUGAUGCUUUUGGAGGAGCCAGAGCCGUUUUAAGUGGACCAGCAGGCGGAGUUGUGGGCUAUGCUGUUACUGGAUCUCGAGAUACUGAAUUACCACUAAUUGGAUUCGACAUGGGAGGUACAUCUACUGACGUAUCUCGUUAUGCAGGUGUUUAUGAACACGUGGUUGAAGCAACAACAGCUGGUGUUACAAUUCAAGCACCACAGCUUGAUAUUAACACUGUUGCUGCAGGCGGUGGAUCAAUGUUAUUUUUCCGCUCCGGUUUGUUCGUGGUCGGCCCCGAGAGUGCAGGAGCUCAUCCUGGUCCAGUUUGUUAUCGCAAAGGUGGACCUCUUACCAUUACUGAUGCGAAUCUUGUUCUGGGCCGCAUAUUACCCGAAUAUUUUCCAAAAAUAUUUGGACCAGACGAAAAUCUACCAUUGGAUAAAGAUGCAUCUUUGGCUGCUUUUCAAAAAUUGACUAAUGAAAUAAAUGAAUAUUUAGAGAAAAAUGGCAAUAAAAAACUAACCGUUGCUGAAGUUGCAUUAGGAUUUGUAAGAGUCGGAAAUGAAGCGAUGUGUCGAGCAAUUAGAGCUUUGACGCAAGCAAGAGGAUUUGAUUCUUCUCGACAUGCAUUGGCAGUUUUUGGAGGUGCUGGAGGUCAACAUGCGUGUUCAGUAGCGGCUGCUUUGGGCAUGGGAACAGUACUUGUCCACAAAUAUGCAGGUAUAUUAUCUGCGUACGGCAUGGCAUUAGCUGAUGUGGUGCACGAAGCUCAAGAACCAUCAGGAAUGAUUUUGAGUGAACAAUCAGCUCCAAUAAUUAAGCAGAGACUAGAUCACCUGAGCGAAACUUGCAUUAAGAAACUUAAGGAGCAAGGGUUUACUCCAAACCAAAUCAGAUUAGAACCAUAUCUUCAUCUAAGGUACGAGGGGACUGAUUGCGCACUAAUGUGCGCUCCUAAAGAGGAAACCGGCGAAGCCGAUGAAGAAGCUGAAGCAAAAGAACUUGUAAUCCCUGAUUACGGAAAUUUUGUUGAUUCUUUUCUGUUGCGAUAUAAAAGUGAGUUCGGAUUUGUGAUUACUGGUAGACGUAUUAUUGUUGAUGACAUUAGAGUGAGAGGAGCGGGCAACUCUGACGCUCCAGAGGAAUCUAGGAAGUCUGGUGAAAGAAAAACCAAACUUGAACCUCAUUCGGUGAAGGAUACGCAUUUCGAAUCCGGAAUGCACAAAACACCGGUUUACAAAUGUGAGGACCUUUAUCCAGGCGAUGUGUUAAAUGGUCCGUCAAUACUGAUAGAUGGACUUUCCACAAUUCUUAUUGAACCAGAAUGUUCGGCAACAAUUACCGAACGAAAUGAUUUAAUCAUCCGCGUCGGCUCUGGCAAACCAAAACCAAUUAGUCCAGAAUUAGACGCAAUUCAACUCAGUAUAUUUUCUCAUCGAUUUAUGAGUAUUGCGGAACAAAUGGGCAGAAUUCUUCAGCGAACCGCUAUUUCUACUAAUAUAAAAGAAAGAUUAGAUUUUUCUUGUGCGUUGUUUGGACCUGAUGGCGGUUUAGUCAGCAAUGCGCCGCAUAUUCCGGUGCAUUUAGGAGCCAUGCAGGAAACGGUUCAAUAUCAGAUACGCGUUCGAGGUGAUUCGUUAAAAGAAGGCCAAGUAUUAUUGUCAAACCAUCCUCAAGCUGGUGGUUCUCAUUUGCCAGAUUUAACAGUGAUUACUCCAGUAUUUCACAAAGGUCAUAAAGGACCAGUAUUCUUUGUUGCUUCAAGAGGACACCAUGCAGAUAUUGGAGGAAUCACUCCAGGUUCUAUGCCACCGCAUUCAACACUAUUAUCUCAGGAAGGUGCUUGGUUUAAGAGUUUUCUUCUGGUAAAUGAUGGUCAUUUUGAUGAGCAAGGACUUACAGAACGGCUUAUGGCUCCUGGUAAAUUGCCAAAUUCUUCAGGAACCAGGAAUUUAGCGGACAAUAUUUCAGAUUUGAAGGCGCAGAUUGCAGCUAAUCACAAAGGAAUUCAGUUAGUAGGAGAACUAAUUUCUUAUUACGGGUUAGAUGUAGUUCAAGCAUAUAUGAGACACAUGCAAAAUAAUGCUGAAGUUGCGGUGAGAAAUAUGUUAAAAGAUAUAGCAAAGCAGACAAAAGAAAGGACUGGUACUACAUUAUUACAUGCUGAAGAGAUGAUGGACAAUGGAUCCAAAAUUAAACUUGCUGUAUCUCUUGAUGAAAAAGAUGGACAUGCUAUUUGUGAUUUCAAUGGCACAGGUGACGAAGUAUGGGGCAAUUGUAAUGCACCAAGAGCUAUAACACUUUCAGCAAUUAUUUAUUGUUUAAGAUGUAUGGUCGGUCAUGAUGUGCCUCUGAACCAGGGAUGUCUUGCACCUAUUUCUAUUAAAAUACCUAGAGGAUCACUUUUGGAUCCUAGUGAUGACGCCGCCGUUGUCGGAGGUAAUGUUCUUACUUCCCAAAGAGUGGUCGAUGUUGUCUUUAAAGCUUUCGGCACAUGUGCUGCCUCACAAGGAUGUAUGAACAAUAUCACAAUAGGAGAAGAAACAUGGGGAUAUUAUGAAACAGUUGCAGGAGGUAGUGGUGCUGGCCCUACAUGGAAUGGUAAAAGCGGAGUCCACACUCAUAUGACUAACACUCGCAUCACCGAUCCAGAAAUUUUGGAACUUAGAUAUCCCAUAAUUUUGAAAACGUUUUGUUUGCGUCCUAAUUCCGGUGGAAAUGGUUUAUUCAAGGGUGGUGAUGGUGUUCAAAGAGAAUUGCUAUUCCGAAAGGAAAUGACAUUAUCAGUUUUGACUGAACGAAGAGUUUUUCAACCCUAUGGAAUGGCAGGUGGAGAGCCUGGUGCAAGUGGUGUUAAUGUUCUUAUAAGAGCUCAAGAAAAGAGGAAAAUAAAUCUUGGAGCUAAAACAGCAAUAAAAGUCAAACCAGGGGACAUUUUUUCAAUGCUGACUCCAGGAGGAGGUGGAUAUGGAUUGGCUAAUGAUGAAAAUAGACGAAAAUUAUCACAAAAAGUAGAAAAUAAACCGUGCUUCAAAACAUUCCAGGAGCAUGGAAGUGUCUUUGAAUAUAGAAUGUCCCAAGAAAGUGUAUAAAUUUGCUAAUGUAUAGUGAGUGAUUUAUUUCUUUUCAACUGUUUUCUUAAAAACA